UCGAUACCGUCAGUUACCGGCCAUAACGAUGGACUAUGUGCAAAAUAGUAGCGCAGUCGGUCUUAAAGCUCGCCACUCUUUCUCUUUUUGAAUCUGGCAGUGUGCAUAACCAGUUUUGCCUCCGAGCAAUCACACUAAAGUUGCAUAGAAUAAGGAUGUUAUGCAGGAGGAGAACUCCGUGUGUGUGAAUGGUUCUUAGCAGCAGCUGCAGGAGAGAGUAAAUAUAUCUAACUUUUGGAUAUCAAUACUCAUACGAUGGCUCACAUUUAUCAGCAUAGUUGUUACAAUUAGUUGAGGCUGUAUCGUAUCAAGAGAACUAUGAGGCAUAGAGAGAUCAGGGAGAGACCUUGAAUGUAGUUGCAAGUUAUUGUCUUGUGUGCAGAAAGGCAGUUCACCCUACUCUAAGGAGAUGGUUGCAGCACCUUUUUCUGUUGGGAUAGAGCAAGAACUCUUAGAAGCUGAUAUCUUAUUGCCUUCCAUUCUACCAUUUAAGCAGCUACAGAUGUCAGAGAAGUAUCCAAAGGGGCAUUCAAGGGGAAGACAUUGGAAGCAUUUAAAGCAAAUACUUCAGGCCGAAAACUAUCAUCUAUAUCCUGCAGAUGAACCAAAUUAUUUAAAUGUUGAAUCUCCACCUUCCAUGUACUCUGCAAAGAAGUACUGUGAUAUUACAGGGUUUGUGAAAAAUGUUUCACAAUUUAGAUUUUUCAUGGAAGACGUAAUAAUCUUAUUCAAGAAAAAUGAGAUACAAGCAUCGCAUUCAUGCUUCGGUAUCUGUAUGUUAAUUGUCUUUCGACAAAGGUCAAAAAACAAGCUGUUUGUUGGAUGGGAAGACCAAGGAGAUUCCAACUCGAGAGAAAUGAUGCUCAGGCUGAAAUGCGAAGUUGAAGGGUUAUGAUUUUCAAAAGCAAGCUUGACAAAUAUAGAAAGAAAAGAUGCGAAAAUCCUGAGAUGUACUUUAUCUUGAUUCAUGUUCAUUGCUCUGCACAUAAACAAUUUAAAGAGAUCUCAACAUCAAAUUUGAUGGAUAGAGGAAUUGAGACUUAUUUCGGAAUUCUCUUAAACACAAUUGUAUGCAUUAUUGAAGGCCAAUCUAUCUGCAGGGUUUUGCA